AUGGAUCAAAUCAAAGCUCUCAAAGGCUAUGGCAAAGUGACUCACCUCGAGCUCGAAGAUCAAGUCCCUCCGCCGUCCAAAACCCCCAACCACAAAUCUCUCCGCCUCACAGCCGCCAUCUCCGCCGUCGUCCUCACCGCUCUCAUCAUCGCUUUGAUCAUCGUAGCCUACAUCCACAACCCCACCACCGGCAACAAAUCACCCAAUUCGGCCGACACAAUCAAAAUCGUCUGUAACGUAACUCGUUACCCUAAUUCCUGCUUCACCUCAAUAUUUUCUCUCAAUUCCUCUCCAGAACCCGAUCCCGAACUCAUUUUGAAGCUCUCUCUCCAAGUUUCCCUCAACGAACUCUCGAAUAUGUCCCGAUCGCUAAAAACCCUAGCCGCAGAGGGCGACGGGGGAGCAGCUUUGAAGGACUGCGAGAGCCAAAUCGAAGACGCAAUUAGUGAAGUGAAUGACUCGGUGGCAGAAAUGGAAUCCGGCGCCGGAGAAAAGACGUUGACGGAGAGUAAGAUCGGAAACAUUCAGACGUGGAUGAGCAGUGCGAUGACGGACCAAGAGAGUUGUUUGGAGGGACUGGAGGAGAUGGAUUCGACGUCGUUUCAAGAGGUGAAGACGAGGAUGAAAAAGUCUAUUGAAUACGUGAGCAACAGCCUGGCCAUUGUCGCUAAUAUCCACGUCAUUCUUGCGAAUUUUGAUAUGCCACUUCACUAA